AUGGCCGGUACCUACCAGUGUUCCAACAAAUUGGUCAGUAGACAAAUCAACAUUCAUGUCUAUGGAAUUCUAAAUGCGAUUAGUAGUGCGGCUCAACUCAUGCACAAACGGGAAAUCGUUGGACACAUGCACUUCAACGCUAGUGUUCUGAACACCACCGUGCACCCUACAGUUGCUUAUCAGUCCCGUGUUGGUCGUUGCGGUAUCAAGUACACUUCCAUACGUUGGAAGGGUGGAAAGUUUGAGACACACCGGAGCCUGUACGAGCUUAUAUAUUCGGCCGACGAGGUGAAUGGUUAUAUUUGGAGUAAUCUGACAAUUGUCCAUCCAUCUGCUAAUCCUGAUUUGUACGGAAAAUACACAUGCCAGUUUAAUGUGGUGUCUGGAUCGAUUGAGUCUGCAGAUGUGGAAAUCACGAUCCCUCCGUUGAUCAAACGCCCGGAUAGUGUGGUCGGUCAUUACUCUGGGAACGAGCUUAGUCAUACAUGCGAAGUUGUCGCUAAUCCCCCGUGA